AUGGCAAAUAUGAUAGAGGCGGAGAUUGUGCCUGAGCUUGCGCUACGUUGCAGCACAUGGGAACUGUUUCUCGGAAUGCCAAUUCACCAAUCACCCUUCGAUUCCGAUAUACUUCUCCAUCUAACUAAUGAUGGUCUAAAGUUGCAUUUUGAUCCCAGGUGGCAGAGGCUUAAGCUGAUUGAGAUCACUGACCUCUCCAAAAUAUCGCUGCGAUAUUUGUCUCAACAUGUCAAUACUUCUGCUCAGGCACCAACCCUUGCAACUAUCAUUAACGUUUUUGGAUCCACCAAGCAAUUUCUGCCAGACGAGGAGCCGGGCUACUUCCGCCUCUGCUACCGGGGCCUCACAUUCCUCGCUGCCUCCGCACACGAGGUGGACGCGAUAGGGGCGGCAGGGUUUGAGGGGGAUACCUCUGCACCCCCUUCCACAAUCGGAAGCGCCACUCUCACUGAUCCGGGGACGAUGACUUCAGAGGCGGGGGAGGAACAGCUAGUUGUGCGCCGGAUUUUCAUCUUCCCGGGGCAGAAUGUCGAAGAAGCUAAGACUGAGUUUCCUUGUUCACCAUCCUUACUCAACUUUAGAAUCUAA